CUCCCCUGUCCAUCAGUUUUGCUGGGUGUGAAUUUCUGGGCUUUUUCGGAGUUUUGCCGUGAGUCCCUCCAGGAUCCCGUCGGCUUCUUCACCAGCCAAGCUCGGUUUCAGCUGGCUGGAAAUUCUGGUUUCUGAUCGUUCUGUCAGUUAGCACUGAGAUCGAGUCUUCGGUUUUAUGCAAGUGAGGAAGCGAAACUGAGGACGGGGAAACCAAGGGGAGUGACAAGGUAGAAGGCUAGCCAUUCUAAUUGGAUAUAAGUUUUAGAUUUUAUCAUCCUUUUGUAAGGUAGAUUUUAUUCUUGAGAUUUUGUGAUUUGAAUAAGUUGGGAGCCUUGUGCAGUUGUGGGACCUGUCUCACGAGUGCAAGGCGUCUACCACGACCCCGGAUUUGGAUUCUGGGGCAUGACACUAGUAAAAGAAAGUGACGGUCAAAUGCCAAUACCAAUCAAAGUGAACGGAACCCACUCCCCACGCCAAACACUACUAAAAUUCAAGCUUUCAGCAACAUGGAAGCAUGUUGCUGAAAGUGCUUUCCAUGUUGCUGAAAGUCCUUCAGCAACAUGGGUUUAGUUGCUAAAAGUUUUGUUGGAGAAGGCUUGGUGGGUAAUACAUUACCAACCAAAAUCAUGUUGCUAAUAUAUCAGCAACAUAAGC